AUGGUUCUCCCCAAGAGCAAAAACAGCGUCGGGCUGGGCAACAGCCUGAUGAACGACCGAUUCGGCAAGGGCAAAGGCGCCGACCGGAAAAAGGCCACGCAGCAAGGAGGCAUCAUCCGAAAAGACCAUAUCACAGGACAAUCGUACGUGACGAACGAGUCGAAGGAGGCGGCAUGGGUCAAAAUGCGCAGUGUGACGGAGCAAGGCGCUCUCGACGAAUUUCUGUCGACGGCCGAACUGGCCGGCACAGAUUUCACGGCGGAGAAAAUGAACAACGUCAAAAUCAUCCACUCCGACCACAAAAACCCAUACCUGCUCAGCGCCGCGGAAGAGAGGGGCGCCCGGAGGAAACACGCCCAGAACAGAGGCAGGUUGACCGUGCCGAGAAGACCCCGGUGGGACGAAACCACCACGCCCCAGCAAUUGGACGAGCAAGAACGUGUCAGUCUGUUGUCCUGGAGGCGUGGGCUUGCCGAGUUGCAGGAGAACGAUGACCUUCUCAUGACACCGUUCGAGCGCAACAUCGAGGUCUGGAGGCAGCUGUGGCGGGUCAUCGAACGAUCCGAUCUUGUCGUUCAGAUCGUCGACGCCCGAAAUCCUUUACUGUUUCGCAGCGAGGACUUGGAGAAAUACGUCCAGGAGGUCGACCCUAAGAAGCGCAAUCUGCUACUGGUCAACAAGGCCGACAUGCUGACGGAGGCGCAGCGGAGCCAGUGGGCGGAUUAUUUCAUUGAGCAGGGAAUCAACUACAAGUUCUUCUCGGCCCAUUUGGCAAAAGAGAUGAUCGAGGGCCGUGAUGCCAUGGAAGAGCUGGACGCUCGGCAACUACAACAGCAAAUCGACCGGAAUGCGCCCCAGAAAACGGUGGUCAAGAACCUCCAAGAUCUCAAUCUGAAGGAAACAGAGGGAGAGGAAUGGUCUGGUGAUGACGAGGAGGAGGAUGAUGAUGAGGACGACGAUGAGAAUGAACACGAAGACGAAGACGAAGCCGAAGCCGAGACCGAAGAAGAAGAAGGGUCUGACCACAGCGAAGAUGCAUCAUCUGAGCAACUUCAGGAACGAACUCAGAUCUUGACGGUGGACGAACUGGAGGCUCUGUUUCUAGAGAACAUCCCCGGAGACAGUACGACGGAUCGCAAAACCACCAUCGGUCUGGUGGGAUAUCCCAACGUAGGCAAGUCGUCGACAAUCAAUGCUCUGAUCGGAGCCAAGAAGGUCAGCGUGUCGUCGACGCCCGGAAAGACCAAGCACUUCCAAACCAUCCAUCUAUCCGAAAAGGUCAUCCUCUGCGAUUGUCCCGGUCUGGUCUUCCCCAACUUCGCCACCACCAAAGCCGAGUUGGUCUGCAGCGGCGUCUUGCCCAUUGACCAGCUGCGCGAAUUCACCGGUCCGGCCGGCCUGGUCGCCCAGAGAAUCCCGCAGGCGUUCCUGGAGAAUGUCUACGGGAUGAAGAUCCACACGAGGCCCGCCGAGGAGGGGGGCACGGGAGUCCCCAGUGCUUCUGAGAUGCUGCGGGCCUAUGCACGGGCGCGUGGAUUCGCCACUACCGGCCAUGGCCAGCCCGAUGAGUCGAGGGCCGCGCGAUAUAUUCUGAAGGACUAUGUCAACGGCAAACUUCUCUACUGCCAUCCGCCGCCCCACGACCCCGAGAUCGACGGCAACGAGUUCAACGAGGCCCUGUAUGACUUUGCUCAUCUGCCUGCGAAGCGCCAGGCCUGGUUGAUUUCCCACAGCGACGAAGCUGGUGUCGGUGUCGAUCGCGCAGCAGAGACGGAGACGCCGCCGCCGCCGUCGCAGGCUGCAUCGAUUCCCAAACGACCUCAAGAAACCGGGAAACGGUCCAAGCAACUUGACAAAGGAUUCUUCGCGCCUGGAUCCGGCAGUGCAGGCCACCUGACCAGGCCGUUCAAUCACCAGUACACUGAACAAGGGCUGCAGCAGAAGGAACUCAGCGGUCGCAAGGCCAGAACCAUGAUUGCGCUGGAGAAGGACAUCGACCCGUCCGAGGUCCGGUUGAACGGCAGCAAGAAGCAUUUCAAGGGCGCAAGGACUAAGACUCGGAAUCUCCGGACAGGGAUUGACGACGAGGACUGA